UUUUUCCAUCAUCACCCCGCUUUUCGUUUUGUUUUCUCACCAUUUGAUUACAUCCCCUUCUUUACACUGAUUUCUCCCACCAUCUUCUUCUGUCUCAAACCGGAACACCGACCGCAAACGCUCUUUUACACGCCACGAGACAAUUCACGACUACGUACUAUAUCAUCCACGUAUUACUCAUUGAACGACACUACAGCACUAUAACGAGAUAGACCCGCUACCACUGCAAGCUUGAGCAUCAGAUAUCUGUACAGCUCCUACUGCAACGCGACGCGUAUUCAACCCAGAUCGAGCGUAAUCACAUACAAUGACCGCCAUAAUCAAAUUGCUCAAUCUCCUUCCUGCCCUUGCCCUCGCAGGGAUGGCUCUCACUGGUUUUGAGAACGUCCCUGGAACCCUUGCUCACCGACCUGACUCUCGCGAUCAACAUCGACACCUUGCUGCUCGACUUGCAGACAACAUUGUUAAACAUGAGAAAAAGCGUUCCAGCAACGGCAGGAUCCUCCGACGAAGGGCCGAUGGAACUGUUUGCCGAGCCAAAGACCAAUCAUUCGUUGCUGUUGCAAGCAGCGCCGUCACCAGUACCCCAGCUUCGACCACCUCUACGGUUGAUGUUGAAGCCACGAGCAGCCCUUCCGUCGCCGAUGUGACUUUCACCGAUGACUCGGCUACGUCAUCUUCGAGCUCUGAGUGGGUGCAAAGUACUUCUUCAUCAUCCGUGGAGGCUCAAGCAACCGCACAAUCUCUCGCAACUACUACUACCUCUUCCGGGGGCGGUUCGGUCAACGUGGGAAGCAAAUUUGGUCUUGCAUGGCCUAACGGUGACUGGGCCGCGUCCACCGAUCCCAAUUACAUUGGCAACUAUAUCGGUAGCAAGGCUUCAUGGUACUAUACUUGGAGCCCCUUUUCUGUUGGUUCCGGCGACUCCCUUGGUCUCGAAUUUGUCCCCAUGCUUUGGGGCCCGAAGCAGGUAUCCGAUUGGCAUGCUCAGAUGAGUCAAUGGCCUUCUACCGUCGAAAACGCUCUUUUCUUUAAUGAGCCCAACCAGGUCGGCCAGUGUGAUAUCUCUGCCGCCGACGCCGUCACGUACUGGGUUACCGAUUACCUUCCCGUCCGUGCCAGCGGAAUUCGAUUGGGCGGUGCUGCUACUACCAGUGCCCCUGAUGGUCUUCAAUGGGUUUUGGAUUUCGUUAAGGCUUGUACUGAUGCCGGCAACUCUGCUGCCGAUUGUGCCGCUGACUUCAUUCCUCUCCACUGGUACGAUGUCGACAUCGAGAACUUCAAGUCCUACGUUGAGAAUUUCCAUACUCAGACCGGCUCCAACAUCUGGAUUACUGAGUAUGCUUGCCAAAACUUUAAUGGCGGUGCUCAGUGCACUGAUCAAGAGUCCUGGGAUCUGCAUAUCGCCAUCGCUGCCUGGUUCGAUGAACAGUCCUAUGUUGAGAGAUACUCUCCGUUUGGUGUCAUGCAAGAUAUGCAGGGCGUUAACCAAAACAAUGCGCUCAUGAACCCUGACGGUUCAAUCACCUCCCUGGGUGGAUGGUACAUUUCCAGUGCCUAAACUCAAGUGACCUACGAGGUAUCUGUGAUCCUCAAAGCACUUAGUAUCGCCGUCAAUGAGCCGCUAUGAACAUUUGAUAUUGUCUCGCUUUUGUUAGUUUGGUAGUUCUCGCCUUCCGUUUGUUCCAUACCUUCUCCUUCCUUCGAUGGGCUUGAUGUCGAUCGAGAAGAGGCCACGCAAAUUUAUCACCGCAUGUAUACAUUUAUGUGCACCUGUA